UGUGUCCCCGGUGUCCUCCCGGUUCUCCCGGUGUUCUCCCGGUGUCCCGGUGCCGAUUCCCGGUGUCCCGGCCGGGCGAUGCCGCUGCCCGUGGCUCUCCAGUCCCGCCUGGCCAAGCGGGGGCUGCUCAAGCACGUGGAGCCCGAGCCCGAGGAGGAGAUCAUCGCUGAGGAUUACGACGAUGCCCACGUGGAUUACGAGGCCUCGCGGCUCGAGGGGCUGAUGCCGCCCUGGUACAAAGUGAUCGACCCCACCUGCGGGCUGCCUUACUACUGGAACGUGGAGACCGACCUGGUGUCGUGGCUGUCCCCCAACGACCCCAACUCCGUCAUCACCAAACCCGCCAAGAGGCUCAAGGGGAACCCAGAGCCUGAGGAGCCCCCCGAGAGGAGCCACGAGAAGGAGGAGCCGCCGCGGGAGCGCCGCUUUCACCGGCGUGAGGAACUGGCGCCGUACCCCAAGAGCAAGAAGGGCAGCCGCAAGGACGAGGAGCUGGACCCCAUGGACCCCAGCGCUUACUCGGACGCACCCCGGGGGACGUGGUCCACGGGGCUCCCCAAACGCAACGAGGCCAAGACGGGCGCGGACACGACGGCGGCCGGGCCCCUGUUCCAGCAGCGGCCGUACCCCAGCCCCGGCGCCGUGCUCCGCGCCAACGCCGAGGCCUCGCGCGGCAAGGACUGAGACCCCCGGAAUUGGGGUCCCCCCGAUCCUCGGGGACCCCCCCAAACUGGCACCGUCUGCUCCAGGAACCUCCAGAGCUCAGGGGAGCCUCUCAGCCCCGAGCCUGGGCGAGCCCCUCGGAUCUCGCUGGGCUCCCUCAAACCCCAGGAACCCCCAAAGUUCAGGGGCUCCCCCGGGGCCCCCCAAGCCUGAGGGGAUUCCCUCAAACCAGGGGGGACCUUUCAACUCUGCCGAACACCGAGGGGUCCCUCAGACCCCCUGGAACACCCCCAACACCUCAGAGGAUCCCCCCAAACCCCUCCCAGACUUCCAGGACCUCUCACAAACCCCGAGGUCUCCCUGGGCUCCUCCUUUUGUUGCAAUAAAGGCGCC